UACAGCUGUGCCUAUUUCUACGGAUUAUCGUGAUAAUGAUUUAGUCCAGAAAUACAAAGGAAAGGUGUUGGAAAAUUACAAACGUCAUGCUAAAGUUUCUCAUAUUGAAGUUGGCGAUACUGUUCUUGUAGAAAAUUUAAUUCAUUCCAAUAAAUUAACGACUACUUUUGACAAAACGAAAUACAUAGUCAAAAGUCGAAAUGGUUCUAGAGUAGUUAUUGAAGCUUCAGAUGGGAAAACUUAUGAAAGAAACGUAAAACAUCUCAAGAAAAUUCCUGCCGGUGUUGGUAUGGUAAAAGAUCAAUCGACAGACUCGGGAAAUAAUCAAGAUAAAAAAGAAGGAGAAUUCGAUGAAGCAAAUGGUUUUGAAGAUAGAAUGAAUUCUACCUACAUAGGACCACCACUCUCGCAGCAUAGGAUUUCGACAGAUCCUGAAAAUGAUCAACCCGAAUCUAUUAACCACAAUCUGGAAGAACCAAUAGAAGAUCCAGUGAAUACUACUUCUGGUGUUGAUACGAGAGAGGGUUUGCAAGAUGGAGCAACAGCUAGUUCAGACGAAGAAUUCAAAGGAUUUGAAGAACCAAAAGAAAAGCGAAGUCGAAUUAGGAAAAAGCCAAAGAGAUAUGAUAACUUUAUAUUGUAAUUGUUUCAAACAAAAGGAGAGAUGUGGUGUUCAUGGUUUAGACAUUAUCACAGUAAGCC